AUGAGCGACACUAAAUGUUUGGAAUCGCGUCUUUUCGUCGAUGAUGCGAUCUUGCAACGCCAUCGUGUUAGUGAUUAUAAAGAAAACUACGUAUGGAAAACUCGUGAUCCACUUGCCCAGGUUAAUCCGUCUUUAGCAAAGCCAAGUCAACACUUUAAACCAUUCUAUGAAAAGAAAAUAAAAUUUCUUACCCAAAAGACGUUGCCCCCUUCAAGUGUAACUCAUUCUGAUUUUUUAUGGGAGCCGGAUCAGCCAAAAGGGUCAUACGUCACUAUGCCAAUGCAAGCUGCAGUUGCUAAUACUCCUGUUACUGUCGAGUACAAUAAAUCCGGUUAUGGAAAAUAUUUGGACACACAAGCGACCACACAACGUUUGGAUUACUGUUAUCGAUCUCCUAAUGACAUAAUGAACGGUAUAGCUGCCCACGAUAAUAUAACAUUUUGGAAUUGGAAAAAUUUCGAAUGUAGCACUAAACACGCGACUAAUGGCGAACCCGCUCGGUUAUGUGAUAAAAUGCCAUCAAUCGAAUGCGAAAAGCGACGUUGCGAAUUUAUUAAUCAAACUCAACGUGUGCCCAAUUCUGGAAUGACUACAGAAGUACGUGAAAACUAUUUGGCUCCAGCUGCCAGAGAUACAAGUAGUGAUUACGAUAAUACUCAAUUUCGAAGCGAUAAUUUUUUCGAUCCUGAUGCAAUAAGACAAACAAAAACUGAGUAUAGCAUAAUAGGUAGUGGCGAUCCUACCGAAAAAUUCGUCUAA